AUUAUGUUGUUUAAAGUCCUAUUUUAAUACACUAACUCGUGUUGAUCAAAUAUUUUUCAGAUUUAGAAUUAAGACUAGUAUUGUAAAAGUCAAAUUAGCAGGAAUAAAGAGAACUUUCCAUCAUUUCCUAGAAUGUCUCAACUUAAUGGAAGAAUCAAGAAAUUUUUACAAAGCUCUUUCCCUCCAGAGAGAAUGUUGAGGAACUACGUAAAACUUAGCCAAACAACUUGUUCCAAUUCGAGAAAUGAUGGAAUAAAAGCCGCCGUUUGCGAAGAAUUAGGAAAACCUUUAAAAAUAAAGACCUUACCAAGACCAUCAAUGGAGGAACAUGAGGUGAGAAUCGGAGUGCAUUAUGCUGCAGUAAAUUUUGGUGAUGUUUUACAAAUUCAAGGAAAGUACCAGGAAAAACCUCGAUUGCCCUUUGUUCCUGGGGCAGAAUUUAGCGGAAAGAUUACUCAGGUAUCAAAAGGUGAAGAGGACUUUGAAGUAGGAGAUCAUGUAGCAGCUAUAUCUCUUAAACCGUGCGCUCUCGCCGAAGAAGCCUGUGUGCCAAAAGGAACAAUCUUCAAAAUUCCGAAAAGUGUUCCUCUGCAAUAUGGAGCAGCUUCGCUUACAUCCUAUGGAACAGCGUGGUUGGCUCUAAAGAGAACGGCAAAUAUUCAAGAAGGACAAACUGUGUUUGUUAGCGCUGCUGCAGGUGCUGUAGGUUUAGCAUUGGUUGAUUUAGCGGCUAAUAUCUUUGGAUGUAACGUUAUAGGAGCUGUUGGUUCGGAUGCUAAAGCAAAAAUUGUCCUAGAAAAGGGUGCUAAACACGUUGUUAAUUAUACAAAUGAAAAUAUUAGGUUUGUUAAAGAAAAAAGAGAAAGAUUAAUCUGAAAAAAAUUCAAUAAAACAAAUGGAAGAAUUAAUUUCAAUCAAUCAUUUACACUUUUAAUCAUUAUCGACCAGAGACAAGGUAAAGGAACUUACGGAAGGAAAAGGUGUUGAUAUCGCUCUCGACUCGGUAGGAGGCGAUAUAUUUAUCGACUGCUUGAAAAGCUUAGCUUUUGAGGGAAUCUUAGUUACCAUAGGUUACGCUGGUGGAACUAUUCCAAAAGUUCCUGCAAAUUUAUUAUUACUAAAGUCUUGUUCGGUGAAAGGAAUUUAUUGGGGAGGCUAUGCUUUUAAAAAUCCAAUACUCUUUAAAGAGUCGAUAGAUGCUACUUUAAAAUAUAUGGAGGAAGGUAAAAUUUCGCCAGUUUAUACAGAUCAAUUUCAACUUGAAAAUGCAAAUGAAGCAUACGAAUAUUUAGCAAAUAGAAAAAGUAUUGGAAAAGUUUUAAUACGUUUAACUUGAUUAAAAAAAAAUAUCUAGGGAGAAAGAUGAAAGAAAGAAAAUAGCUUUAUUGCAAUUUCUUUAAUUUUUGAAUAAUUCAAUAAUCUCCUCUAUGUGAGAUGCUUCAAAUUGAUUCUAUAAGUAAAAUUUUCUUUCUCUUUAUUUCAUAUAUUGUCUUUUGAAACAAAUGAAUAAAACAGAUAAUGAAUAUUGAUGAUUUUUCAACCGAAUAAACAUGUUUAUUCUUUAAA